GAUAUUGUCAAUCAACGCUUUCAGCGCUACGGGACAUUUGCGGUUCUUCCGGGUGAUCUUGUGCGUCGAAACCCAUUGGCUUCACCCCAUUCAAAAGAGUAUCAAAACGUUGUCUUUGCGUCAAAGAGUGGCAUCGACAAGGGUAAGUAUACCUUUUCGGACGUGGUGUUGCCUCUUCCUGGUGUGGGGAUACGGUUACCGGAGAAUCACACAACGGAUCUGUACAUCGUUACACUGCAACGCAUGGGCAUUUUGUUUAACCCAGAGAGCAAACAAUGGGACAUUUUUCGUCCCAGGCGUAGCUUUAAUGGUGAAAGCUCCGGUCAACGUGUGGCUGGGAUAUCAUCGCCGUACCAUCGUUUUUCGUCCUCCUUUGCGCUGAUGGAAGAAGAGUUGGGUAACAAUACAACCAUUGUCGAGCCUAUUGAUGGCCGAGACAAUGAGGCAGGGGAUGAUCCGGGUUUGUGGACAACAGGAGCAACCACACCAAUGGAUGCCAGUCAACUGAGGAAAGACCUGCGUCAAGGAGAGUUGCCUGGAAAUCCUUUGGGCGUUAGUGUCUUUGGCUUUUAUCGUCAUGUAUUAAUGAAUCCGUCACCAACGUUGCGCUGGCAGAUGCAAUUGGACCGCGCUAGUGAUCCGCAUCAGCGGUGGGCACUCGGAGUGCGACAAGCCUUUGCACAGCCCCAUAGAGACAUAUUGUCUGUGACGGAGAACAAUACUCACAAUAAUCACCACCAGAAACAACAACAGCAACAAUUGUUUAUUGGUCACAGUCUUUUGGGUGGAAGGAGUGGCUACGGGAAUGUCCGACGGCGGCGUGGUACACCUCCUGCACCGUAUUGGCUUUCCAAAAAGAAUGAGGCAUGUCUUGAUUUGUCUUUUGAGCUGCCAUCUAGUGUCUACCCAAGCAUGAUGUUGCGUGAGCUUACAAAGAGCGAUGUUAACAGUCCGGAAACCGUGGAUCUGGACGGGCCAUUGCUUGACAACAGAGCAAAGUCAUGGAACGAUCUUCGGGCAGAUCAGCAGGCAACGUAUAAGAAGCACUUGGCGAAGAAGCGACAGAAGUUAUUUGUAAGUAGACCACGUGCUAUAAAUGUGGCGUUGUUGCAUCAGCACAUUUUUCGUAGUGGUGGUAUGCGUCGUAGUCUCCUGCCAUCCAUGCGUGGCUACGAGAAUGUUUCCAAGUAA